GUGACACUGGUUUGCUGUUUGCUAACAACAAUGAGAAGGAGUAGCAAUUUAAACGGUGCUAACACAUUUUGCUAAGCUUUUUCAAGGUUGAUACCUUCCCUCUGUCAGGACUGGAUGCAGAGACCGCUCGUUUUAUUAUCUAAAAAGACUGUCUCUGCCGGCUUUCAGCCUCUUGGCACACUUGUCAGGUGUCAGCCAUUCUGGAAAGGGUCUAGAAACCUCUCUGUCCCUUCAUGCUUUAAACAAAUACCCCCAACUGUUCAUGCAUUUAACAUUUCCCGGCAAAACCACAACUUUUCCUUAGUAUCCGGAGUCCUGCGAAAAGAUUCUUCCCGUCUUUCUUUGCAACAACUUUUCUCCGAGAUGGCAGACCAGAAGUUCAUCGUGGAGUACGCCAAACGUGGCACUGCAGGAUGUAAGAAGUGCAAGGAGAAGAUUAUGAAGGGGAUAGUGCGCAUCGGGAAGGUCGUUCCAAACCCCUUCAGCGAGUCUGCAGGAGAAAUGAAGGAGUGGUAUCACUCCAAGUGUAUCUUUGAGAAGAUGGAGAAAGCCAGAGCCACCACCAAGAAGAUCGAGGACAUCACAGACCUGGAGGGCUGGGAGGAGCUGCAGGACGAGGACAAGGAGGCCAUCAACAAACAUCUCUCAGGUACCAGGGUGUCCACGGGGUUUUAA